AAUUAAAUACUCCAAAUCUAGCCCUCUGUAACUUCCUAUUUAUCAUAACAAUCCAGCUCAUAUAUUGAACUUUUAUACUUUCCUUUUCAAACUCCUACCCUAAUUUUGUGUUAAUAUAAUAACACUUGCGAAAAUAAAUAAAAAACUCCCUCGCACUCAUGAUCAACUUAAUUUUAAACCUAUUUCUCUUCAACCCCAGUCCUCUCUCUCUCUCUCUUUCAACUUUUAAUUCUCUUAAUCCCAAAAACUACGAUAAAUAGAGAAACAGACUACCCAGAAAAACCCACCAGUAGCUGCACAAAAUUACCUAAUUAUGGCUGGUGCUGACCUUGAAUAUCAUCCCACAUCGAAGCCUUCCAAACCCUUCAUGGCCAAAAUGUUUCCAUUCUCUUUCAAAAGGAAGAAUCUUUUCUCUCUACUUCUUAUUUCCUUCCUCUGCAUCUUCUGUUAUCUCUUCGGCCUCUGGCAACGAGCUGGUAGCUUUACUCUUAGUACCACCACCACCAAUACUAUCGUUUCAAUCCCAUGUAAGCCGACCACCACCGCCACCAACAACAAGAAACAAGAAGAACCGCUCGACUUUGUGCCCCAUCAUGUCGCACAAGAUGGAGGGGUCACCGUAGCGCCAGAGGUCAAAAUCUACCCUCCGUGUAACGUGAACUUUAGUGAGUACACGCCAUGUGAGGACGACAAUAGAUCGUUGAGGUUUAAUAGACGCCAACUUAUCUAUAGAGAGAGGCACUGCCCCGAAACAUAUGAGAAAAUAAAAUGCCGUAUCCCAGCUCCUUACGGGUACAAGAACCCGUUUACAUGGCCUGCCAGCCGUAACUUUGCCUGGUAUGCUAAUGUGCCUCAUAAGCAUCUUACUGUGGAGAAAGCAGUGCAGAAUUGGAUUAGAUAUGAAGGUGACCGUUUCAGAUUUCCUGGAGGAGGGACUAUGUUUCCUAAUGGUGCUGAUGCUUAUAUUGAUGAUAUUGGAAAAUUGAUUAAUCUUAACGACGGGUCAAUCAGGACCGCCAUUGAUACUGGAUGUGGGGUAGCAAGUUGGGGUGCGUACCUUCUGUCACGCAACAUACUAACAAUGUCAUUUGCACCAAGAGAUACCCAUGAAGCCCAAGUUCAAUUUGCACUAGAAAGGGGUGUUCCUGCUUUAAUCGGUGUUCUUGCCUCCAAAAGACUCCCUUACCCAUCCACAGCUUUCGACAUGGCCCAUUGCUCUCGCUGCCUUAUUCCAUGGGCUGACCUUGAGGGGCUGUUUCUAAUUGAAGUUGAUAGAGUUCUCCGGCCGGGUGGAUACUGGAUUCUUUCCGGCCCUCCCAUCCGGUGGAAGAAAUAUUGGAAAGGUUGGGAGAGAACAAAGGAAGAUUUGAAUGCCGAACAGACCAAAAUUGAGAAUGUAGCUAAGAGCCUGUGCUGGAAAAAAUUGGUAGAGAAGGAUGACAUUGCUAUUUGGCAAAAGCCACUCAAUCACUUAAAUUGCAAAAUUAACAGGAAUAUUACACAGAAUCCACCUUUCUGUCCCAGAGAUCAGGAUCCUGACAAAGCCUGGUACACAAAGUUGGAGACAUGUUUGAGUAACUUGCCCGAGGUAUCAAACAACCAAGAAAUUGCAGGUGGAAAAUUGAAGAAGUGGCCUGAAAGAUUAAAUGCUGUCCCACCAAGAAUUAGUAGAGGAUCAGUUAAAGGAUUGACGGCAGAAAAUUUCCAGAAAGACAUAAAACUAUGGACUAAGAGGGUGCAAUAUUAUAAAACUGUUAAUAACCAAUUAGGACAAGCUGGAAGAUACAGAAACCUUUUGGACAUGAACGCUCAGUUAGGUGGAUUUGCUGCUGCUCUAAUUGAUCUACCAGUUUGGGCAAUGAAUGUUAUUCCUGUCCAAGCCAAGGUCAAUACUCUUGGAGUCAUUUAUGAACGAGGAUUAAUUGGGACAUAUCAGGAUUGGUGUGAAGCAAUGUCUACUUAUCCAAGAACGUAUGAUUUAAUUCACGCUGAUUUGGUGUUUAGCCUCUACCAGGGCAGAUGUGAAAUGGAAGAUAUUUUGUUGGAGAUGGACAGAAUUCUGAGACCUGAAGGGAGUGUGAUAUUUAGAGAUGAUGUUGACAUGUUGGUGAAGAUAAAAAGAAUAACCGAUGGGUUAAAUUGGGAAAGUCAAAUUGUUGACCAUGAGGAUGGACCUCUUGAGAGAGAAAAGCUUCUUUUUGCAGUGAAGUCGUAUUGGACAGCUCCCGCUGCUGCUGAUCAAAAUGGGUCUAAUUCUUCUUAAAGGGAUACAUUUACUUUGCUUUCAGUUUAGAUUUUUGUUCUAUUUAGAUUUAUAGCGGCAGCCAAUCUAAUUAACUGAUGGCAUAACCGUGCACACAUGCUUAGAUUAUCCAGAUUAAGUUACACCUGAAUAGGACAUAGGUUAGCCUGUUUUCAUUUUCUUUUGUCACUCAAGUGUUUGUAUUGAUCUUAUCUAUGUUUCUGAUAUUUGCUUAGUUGUAGCCAGAUAUUCCAGUGUUGGUAAACAUGAAUACAAAUAUUUUCUAUUUGUUUUGAAAAAUAGUGUUUCUUAUCCUACUGCCAAUUAAGGAAGCUGAAAUACACUGCAGUACGUCUGAAUUUGUUCUAAA